CAAAGCUGAAGCCCGGUUUGCCAAAAAUAUCAGCGAGCCGCCACUAGUUUUCCCUUUCGAAUUCCUUUCUUUCUCAUCACCAAUGGCUGCAACUUCAAGAACCCGAUCUGACACCAUGGCGCUACCCGGGUCCAACGGCUUUCCUCACUCUUUCUCGUCGUCUGGCCGUUUCUUGUCCGGCGACCGCGCCAGAGGAUGCGGGCGAUACUCCUCACCCACCGCCGCCAACGGCCCUUACACUUCCUCCUUCACCACAACAACCUUCGCUGGCUCCCACCCGCCCAACUUCUCUUCCCACUCCCCGGACUUCUUCCACCAACGCUCCGCCUCACCGACGCGCGUUAAUCUCGUCGGUUCCCCCACCGGCCGCCCGGUUGAUCCCAUCUCCGCCAAACGUGGCCCGAUCUCCUCUCCCGCUCCGCCUCGAAAGACAUGCAUGUGCUCGCCGACCACACACCCCGGUUCCUUCCGGUGCAGCCUCCACAAAGGCGCUUCGCCUCGUCGCUCUGCAGGCCAGCACGCCGUUUCGUCUCCAUCAAACCGGUUGAACGCUCGGCGGUCCGCGAUGACCAACUCGUUGGUUAGGAUCGGAACUGUGGAGGGGGAGUGGGUGAAACGCGCUCUUACGGCUUUGAUCCGGCCAUCGUCACACCAACAGCGCCGCCGCACAUCCUUUCAUUUGCAGCCGAGCCGUCUGUCGGUGAUGUCUAAAGCUGAGGAUCUCUGAUCUGAGGUGGAUGCUUCGCCGAUCUGAUGAAUCCCUUUGCUGGAUCUCUGUUCGAGUGAGCCUCCGCUGAGCAGCAGCUAGGGAUUUUACAAGGAAAAAGGACCCUUUUUUCUCCAAAUUUCCUUUUUUUUUUCCUCUUUUUUUUUUCUUUUCUUUUUAUUGUGUGACCGGAAAAAAUCCGAAGGAAUGCAGAUCCGUUUUGUCUUGUAAAUAAUGAUUUUCUUUUUGUUGGAUA